AGUCCGCUCGGCGCGAGCGCGGGGACGCGGGAGGCUCGCGGAGUAGGAACAGUUUUCGCGAGCAGCCGUCAGGCUCAGCCCCGCUCCCGGCCCCGCCGCGCCGCCCAGGGACCUGCUAUGGCCACGUCUAUACUUGGGGAAGAGCCGCGCUUCGGAACGACCCCGUUGGCCAUGCUGGCGGCGACCUGCAACAAGAUCGGCAACACGAGCCCCCUGACGACGCUGCCGGAGUCGAGCGCCUUCGCCAAGGGCGGCUUCCACCCCUGGAAGCGCUCCUCGUCCAGCUGCAACCUCGGCUCCAGCCUCUCGGGCUUCGCCGUGGCCACCGGCGGCCGCGGCUCGGGCGCUCUGGCGGGCGGCUCGGGCGCAGCCAACAGCGCCUUCUGCUUGGCGUCCACGUCCCCCACGUCGUCCGCUUUCAGCAGCGACUACGGCGGCCUCUUCUCCAAUUCGGCGGCGGCCGCGGCGGCGGCGGCCGGGGUGUCCCCGCAGGAGGCGGGCGGCCAGUCGGCCUUCAUCUCCAAGGUGCACACGACGGCGGCCGACGGCCUGUACCCGCGCGUGGGCAUGGCGCACCCGUACGAGUCGUGGUACAAGUCCGGCUUCCACUCGACGCUGGCGGCGGGCGAGGUGACCAAUGGCGCGGCGUCGUCGUGGUGGGACGUGCACAGCAGCCCGGGCUCGUGGCUGGAGGUGCAGAACCCCGCUGGGGGGCUCCAGAGCUCGCUGCACUCGGGCGCCCCCCAGGCCUCGCUGCACUCGCAGCUCGGCACCUACAACCCCGACUUCAGCUCGCUCACGCACUCGGCCUUCAGCUCCACCGGCCUCGGCUCCUCGGCCGCCGCCGCCUCGCACUUGCUCUCCACCAGCCAGCACCUGCUGGCCCAGGACGGCUUCAAGCCGGUGCUGCCCUCCUACUCGGACUCCAGCGCCGCCGUGGCGGCCGCCGCCGCCAGCGCCAUGAUCUCUGGCGCCGCGGCCGCCGCCGCGGGGGGGAGCUCGGCGCGCUCGGCCCGCCGCUACUCCGGCCGCGCCACCUGCGACUGCCCCAACUGCCAGGAGGCGGAGCGGCUGGGCCCGGCCGGGGCGAGCCUGCGGCGCAAGGGCCUGCACAGCUGCCACAUCCCCGGCUGCGGCAAGGUGUACGGCAAGACGUCGCACCUGAAGGCGCACCUGCGCUGGCACACGGGCGAGCGGCCCUUCGUGUGCAACUGGCUCUUCUGCGGCAAGCGCUUCACGCGCUCGGACGAGCUGCAGCGGCACCUGCGGACUCACACCGGCGAGAAGCGCUUCGCCUGUCCGGUGUGCAACAAGCGCUUCAUGCGCAGCGACCACCUGAGCAAACACAUUAAGACGCACAACGGGGGCGGCGGGGGCAAAAAGGGCAGCGACAGUGACACGGACGCCAGCAACCUGGAGACGCCCCGCUCCGAGUCCCCCGACCUCAUCCUGCACGACUCCGGCGUCAGUGCCGCCCGGGCGGCGGCGGCCGCGGCGGCGGCGGCGGCCGCGGCGGCAGCGGCUGCGGCCUCGGCGGGAGGCAAGGAAGCCGCGUCUGGCCCCAACGACUCUUAGAGGCCGGGCGUGAGGCGCGAGCGAGCGAGCGAGCGACUAGAGACUAUGAGAACGAGCGAGAGGUUCGGAGGGCGAGCGAGCGGGGGACGGAC